UUGGAAAGUCGCUAACCAUUUCCGGUCGCCAUUAUUCCGCCUGGCUUGACGGUCCAUCGAAAGCCCUACAGGCUUUUCAACGUUAUAUUUCGGCUAAUAUACAUUUUCACCUAGUGUGCGUAGAUAGUUCGUUAUCAGAUGAACUAGGCUCAUAGCGUGUGCACAGAAUGGACAAACGGACCGAGACUACUGUCGCUGAAGGCGCCCUCCCCCUGGCUUCCCUUCGCCUGAUGGCUUCCCCUCUGCAGCUGACGUACUCGUACAUGUGGCAGGCCAUACGGCAGAAAAAUGUGAAGCAGUUUGGUAAAGUGGAGGAUUUUGUAACCAUGGUGACGCAGACAGUCCCCGAGCUCAUGACAGUCAAGCAGACUGCGCAACUCAUCUUAGGGUUGAGGGCCAGGAUAAUUUUGGAUUUGUUGAAGAACGAAGGCACGCCUGAUUUACGGACUGUUCAAACUCUUGUAAAUAAAUUCAAGAUCUCUGCAUCUUUCAAGGAUGCAGAAGUGGAGAAGUCAGAAAAUAACUUCAUGGUUCUGAUCCAGGCCCUGCUUAAAAAUCCUGCUGAGAAGAAGCACUUCUUCCAGCAUGUGUUCCCUGUUCACUAUGGCCCAAAGUUUGAUACGGCAUUGCAGACGUUAAUCGCGGGUCUUGUAUGCAAGCUGGAGCAGCUUGUCCCUGUUCCCAAUCUCUCCCAGCUUGGUGCAAUGAUCUCAACGGACUCUGCUCUUUUGGAGGCGUGCGCGGAUUUCAUCCCCAGCUCUGUAGACCUAAAGACUCUCCUCAUGCACCAGCAGGCCAAAGGCCUCCUGAAUGCUAAAGCAACAAUCUCAUAUUCUGUGGGCGACUGUGUACUGUCUUCACUUGCUAUCUGGUCAAAGUCCGAACCACCAAAAUCACCAGAGAAAUUAGAGACGGCUGUAAACAGCACAAGUCCGGCUUCUGUCAGUGACGCCGAAGACUUGGGAAUGUUGACAGAUGAGACGGACAUCUCGGACUGCACAGAAGUCCCUGUUACUAUCACGAAGGAGGCGCUGGUGACGAAUGUUAUUGCUGUAAAUGCAAAGGGCGCCACUGCAGAAGCUCUAACGGAGAGUUUGGAAGAGCAAAACAGUUCCCCGCAUGAACAGACGACUUCAGCGGCAAAGACUGCAGGGGUCGAGGCAGCGCCACGGCCGGCAGAGAAAGUGGUGCCCCUGCAACUGCCUUUAAAAUCAAUCCCCUUCAAGGUUGUGCCGACCAAGUGCACUCCCAUCUUACAGAAAACCAGCAACGUCGCACCAGGUGAUGGCCAGCAAAAGCCGCCGACUCGCAGAGUUACAUUGCAUCAGUGGGUUACAAAUAUUGCCACCAACACACUCACCCUCCCAGCCUUGCCACCGCUUCCUGCAGUCGACCUGAGUGCAUGUGACUCUACGAAGUCGAGCAUAAGAAGGAAAAAACAAGUUCGGCCCCCACACGACAGAUACGUUUGUAAAGUCUGCGAUAAAAGCUUUCCGUAUCAGUCAAAACUGUCAGACCACGAGCGCAUCCACACAGGAGAGAAGCCUUACAAAUGUACAACGUGCCACAAAAGUUUUAGGACACAGGCCUUCCUCAGCAACCACACAAAGACCCACAGUGCAACGCGCCCAUACGCUUGUGGCCAGUGCGGCAAGUGUUUCCCAACACUGCAGACGUUGACAAAGCACAUGGUGUCUCACAGUGGCCAGAAGCCGUACUACUGCAACUUCUGCAACAAGGGCUUCACGCAGUCCAACUACUUCAAAAGACACAUGGAGUGUCACACCAGCCGAGUGUCAUUUCCCUGCAAGCAGUGCCCCAAAGUUUUCCCCACGGCCUUCAAGUUGUCCAACCACGAGCGCUUUCACACGAGGGAGCGCCCUCAUAUGUGCGAGCGUUGCGGGAAGAGAUUCCUCGCCCCCAGUUUGCUGAAAAGACACAUGGGUUACCACAUCGGCGAGCGUCAGUAUCUUUGUUCCCAGUGCGGAAAGACCUUUGUGUAUUUUUCUGACCUGAAGAGGCACCAACAAGACCAUAUCCCCAAACCCAAGAUGCUGUGUCACGUUUGCCAGAAAACAUUCUCCAGUAAGUACUGCCUGAGGAUUCACAUGAGGAUCCACAACAGAGAGAGACCCUAUCGGUGCUCCCUGUGCGACAAGACCUUCACUCAGGUUGGCAAUCUGAAGGUUCACAUCAAGUUGCACACCAACGAGCGGCCCUACAGCUGCGAUGUGUGUGGAAAGACCUACAAGCUGCCGUCCCAUCUGAACGUCCACAAACGGACGCACGCGUGUAAGAAGCCAUGGACAUGCGAGACGUGCGGGAAGGGAUUCACCCUCCCCGGUCUUCUGAAGAAGCACGAGCAGCUGCACAUGAGGGAUGGCGCCGACUUCGCAGGUAAACGGAGGCCGAGAGCAAAGCAGAAGAAGCUCUCUCUGAAGAAGUACGAUGACGAAGACGACGGCAGCGACGAUUAUUGAACAGCGGAAGGUUUCCCCAUAAAGUAAGGGG